AUGACUGUUACUAAAAGAUCCAUUGGAGGUACUAAUAUUGAUAACAUCAAUAACAAUAAGAGACCCAAAAACCAAAAUAUAUCUAAUCUUCAUAAUCAUUCAUCUUUAUUAUCAGCACAAGAGGAGAAUAAUAUUGAUGAUACUAACACUAAUAUCAUAGAUGACGCCACCACCAAGAAUGAAACCCAGGAUGCAAAAGUACAAGACAAAAAUAUAGAUUCUCAAUUGUUGGCUAAUAAAGACAAAUCAAAUUCUAUUAUCAAUGAUCAGGCUACAAAAUAUGCUGGUGAUUCGAAUGAUGCUACUGAGAAACAAAAUGGAACUAUGACCUCAUCUGUUGUAGAAGUUGCUACUUCAGCUACAUUAAGUAAGCAGCAAAGUCAAGAGGAGGAAAUAGAAAGAGAAAAUACUGAAACAAAUCUUAAGAAGGGAAGCCUAUCCACCAAAAGUGCUGACAUUGAUAAUAAAAACAAAAAUGAUAGUGAUGUUUCUGCUGCUGAUGAUGAUGCUUCUUCUUCUUCUUCUUCUUCUUCUUCUUCUGAUAAGAGCAGCUCUAAUAAAAAUGAAAAACUAAUAGAAAAUGGAGAAGAGAAUCAAUCAGAAGAUAUAAAACAAAAUAUAGACUAUGCUAAUUUAAUUGAAUCUCAAGAGGUUGAUAACCAUACUGAACCUAUUGCUCCUGUUAAACCAAAUAAUCAUUUUCAAAUUGAAGUUCAGAAAGAGAAACAGUUGCAGAAUCGUCAAAGGAAAGAAUCACAUAAAGAGGUAGAAAGAAGAAGAAGGGAAAAUAUCAAUACUGCUAUAGGCAGAGUAGCUCGUUUAUUACCGUUUAAGGAAAGUUCCAAAGCAGCUAUUUUGAAUAAAGCUGCCGAAUAUAUUGAAUAUUUGCAAAAAAAAGAUGGAGAAAUGAAUGAACAACUCUCUUUCAAUAAGGUUUUGGAUGAGCAGGAAAUCCAAAGAUUGUCUACAGCUAAUGAAAGUUUAAAGGAAGCUUUAGCUCAAGCCUACGUUGAUAUUAAAAACUUGGAAAAACAAUUAACAGAAAAAGCCAACGGGGAAAAUGAAAAAAGCAAAUAG